CGGAAAUGACUGUCUGAUUCAUAUCGCGUGAUUUCUGAUUGCAUCUGUAUGAGUGUAGAAGAAGCGAACCGGAUGUCCAGCAGCACAACAUUUCGAAGGGGCGAACAUACGGAGGUUAGCGCGAGCCGCGUGCACUUACAUUGCUAGCAUGCUGUGGUUUUCUGUAACAUUCUGUCAAGUUGUUGCUGAAGAUAACAUAACGCAUUGAGAAUGGGUCCCGAGCGACAUUGUAGGAAAGUACGAUGCGUACUUUGUAAAGGGUCCGAGGAAAAUCUGACAACUGGACGGCUAUCGAUGAAAGGUUCCGUCACCGCUCAUCAGAACUGCUUGCUUUAUUCAUCUGGGAUUAUUUGCCAGAACUCGCCAGAGUUUGAUGACUUGUUUGGUUUCUCUGUACAAGAUGUCCAGAAGGAGAUGAGGAGGGGAAACAGACUGAGUUGCUACAGGUGUAAGAGGAAGGGUGCCACGGUGGGGUGUGAGGUGGAAAGCUGUCAGAAGUCCUACCAUUACCCCUGUGCUGUGCAAGACGGGGCCCACAACGUUGAAGACAAUAUUGAAGAGAAGUAUACGGUGUACUGUCAGAAGCAUAAUCCAGAGUUAACAGCAACCAAUGGCACAGCUUUGUCCUGCAACGGUGAUUCAGACACAGAGAAGAACAACAAUGGAGAAACGUUAUCCAAGCUGUUUUGUCUCAUCUGUGAAAAGAAAGAGGAGCACGUCAGUCUGGAACACAUCGACAGUGGCAUUGUCAAGUUGUAUUGUGAAAAGCAUAAACCACAGUUUUUGCAGAAAGAGCUGAAUAAAGGACAUUCAGGUGCAGUGUCAGGACCCUUAUCUUGCAAGAGUGACUCCAACACAUCUGGAAACCGACGGCAGAAACAAACACCCAAGAGAUGUUUGAGCUUCUCUAGCAAACAGGAAGUGACAUCAUCAAAGUCCAAACACAGGAGGAUACUGGAUUACUCCUCAGACUCAGAUGGAGAUGUGAAUAGCAUUGAUAUGGAGUUUUCCCCUCUGGAGUCCAAUCUAGAAGACAGUGUCAACUCUGAACAAAGAAAUCAUGCUGAAGCCCCCAUAGCUUCCACCACAGGAAAUCAGCCAGCACCUGAAAACGGAGAUGGAGAUGGGGACGAUACAUUCAUCGACUUAGAUGCUAAGUCCCAGAGUCUUUUGCUGCCAGUGAUGCUGUGUGUGGCAUCUGAAGAACCCUCUCAGGGCACAGGGAGCUACAGCUCCUCACCUCUCACCUUGUGCAGUUCUGAGCUGUGUUCUGCGUCUUGUCAAGGUUCUGUUCCACACUCACCUGGUUCACCUGUCAUCUCUGGUGGACACAGCAGCUCUCACAUACCUGGACCUGCUCAUGAUCCCAUCUCGCCUGUCCACUCACCUGAUCGCUCAUCCGUCCACUCUGGUCCACUCAAUUUCACCAGCACAGCUACUGUGUGUUAUGGCCCAGUGUCCUCUCCUCCCUCUCCCUCUCACCACUCUGUCUCCCAGUGUCCCCUGGUAGGGCCUGGAGGCCCGGGUUCACCUGGUGGUUCUGGUUCUGACUCUGGCUCUGCAGCCAGCAGGGUGUUCUGGAGGAGGUGUAACGAAGCAGGCUGUACAGAGUCCAUCUUCAACACCUUCAUCUCUGACAUGGUCGGCAUCUCCAAGAGAAUCCUGUCAGAUCAGGCCAGACAGGAGGAUUAUGAUCUCUCUCUGAGAGUGAUGGAGGCCUCUGGAAAAUUAUCACAGAUGCUCUCACAGCAGGAGAGCGAGUUUAAGAAGAAGCAACGGGAGCUACAGAGAUCUACAACAGCCAUAAGGGAAGCCAGGUCAGCCCUAAAAAGAUAAGCAGCACUGCCAGAUAAAUUACAGCCCUCAAAGUUAAAUUCACCUUUCCACAUUCAGUUCAUUGGCAAGGAUUUUAAAGGUGUACUAUGAAGCCAUAUAUUGAUCAUUUGAUUUCUCAAUGGUUUUUGGAGAAAAUGUGUUCCACUUUCUUACCUUAUCAUAAUACCAAAAACAUAACCUAAUCUUAUAUUACCACCGUGUUCAUAUUUAUAUAUAGUAGAAUCAAUUGUGAAGCUGGCUUUUUCACUUGCCAGAAAAUGAACUUUAUAGCUUCAGCAAUGUAAAGCUAUAUAUAUUUCUAUAUAGGUAAUGAAAGUAUUGAUCAUGUAUUAAGUGUAUUUGCAAGUAAAAUUGUUGCAUUGAGUACCUUGUUUUACAUACUGGCCCAUCUCGUUGUAGUCUUUUUAAAGAACAUUUUCUUACCCGA